UGGUUCCCCAGCUCUCUGAGACCCCUAGAUUUACUUGGCAUUGAUCUUCGUGUUUGGUGCACCUGUUGUAUGAAUGGCAGCAGGGUUGGCAUCUGGGGACUUCUCUCUCAUGAGUGACAGCUCUGCUCUAUUUUUGCAGCAGGAGAAGGAUGCAGAACUUCCUCUGGAGAAAUCGCAGCUCUCUUACUGAGUUUGUUCUUCUAGGAUUCUCCAGUGACACGAAGAUAAAUGGCAUUCUGUUCAGUGUCUUUCUUCUCCUCUACCUCAUUACCCUUCUAGGCAAUGGGCUCAUCAUCACCUUGAUACACAUGGAUUCCCGCCUCCACACACCCAUGUACUUUUUCCUCAGUGUCUUAUCCAUUCUGGAUAUGGGCUACGUUACCACCACAGUGCCCCAGAUGCUGGUACAUCUGGUCUGUGAGAAGAAGACCAUCUCCUAUAUUGGAUGUGUGGCUCAGAUGUACAUCUUUCUGAUGCUGGGAAUCACUGAAUCAUGGCUUUUUGCAAUCAUGGCUUAUGAUAGGUAUGUGGCCAUUUGCCAUCCUCUCAGAUACAAAGUCAUCAUGAGCCCUUUGCUGCGUGGGUCACUGGUAGCCUUUUGUGGGUUCUGGGGUGUCAGUUGUGCCCUGAUAUAUACUGUUUCAGCUAUGAUUCUUCCCUACUGUGGCCCCAACGAGAUCAACCACUUCUUCUGUGAAGUUCCUGCUGUCCUGAAGUUGGCCUGUGCAGACACAUCCCUCAACGACCAGGUGGACUUCAUCCUAGGCUUCAUCCUUCUCUUGGUCCCUCUCUCCCUCAUCAUUGUCGUCUACAUCAAUAUCUUUGCUGCCAUCUUGAGGAUCCGCUCAACUCAAGGGCGGAUCAAGGCCUUUUCCACCUGUGCCUCCCACAUCACUGUGGUCACCAUGUUCUCCAUCCCAUGUAUGAUUAUGUAUAUGAGACCUGGCUCUGAGUCCUCCCCGGAAGAGGACAAGAAGCUAGCUCUUUUCUAUAAUGUCAUCUCUGCCUUCCUCAACCCAAUCAUCUACAGCCUUCGUAAUAAAGACGUGAAAAGGGCAUUCUUCAAGGUGGUAGGAUGCGGCAGUGUGUCAGGAUGA